AUGGAAAACGGUACCAAGCUUGUGGGUCUCGAUAUAUUUUCAGGUUGUGGUGGUCUUACCUGCGGUAUGGACAUGACGGGCGUCGUUGAUACAAAAUAUGCCAUUGAAUUUUCUCAAAGUGCAUCUCUAAGCUUUGAAAAGAACUUUUCUGGGUCGAUAGCCUAUAAUCAGUGUGCAAAUGUGCUACUGGAAAGAGCUAUUUCUCUCCACAGUCGUAAAGAAACUCCGGGAGAUCUCAAAGACCACUUAGGCCGUCCUUUGCGCGCAAUGCCUGCCCCUGGUGAUGUUGACUUUAUCUAUUGUGGACCACCUUGUCAAGGAUUUAGUGGUAUCAACCGUUUCAAAAAGGCUGAUGAUGUCAAAAACACGCUUGUGUGCACAGCCCUUAGUUACGUUGAUUUUUACAAGCCCAAGUAUUUUUUGUUGGAAAACGUACGCGGAUUGGUUAGCUACAAACUUGGAGGCGAGCAAAAUGGACAGAAUCGAAUUAAGGGUGGGAUUGAGAUGGGAGUUCUCAAGUAUAUAUUGCGUUGUUUGACAAGUAUGGGAUAUCAAACUCGCUUCAGUAUCCAACAAGCUGGUCAUCAUGGUGUGGCUCAAAGUCGUCGUCGUCUAUUCAUCUGGGGAGCCAAGAUUGGACACAAACUUCCUGAAUUUCCACAGCCAAUAACAUGUUUCCCUAAACCAGCCUCUCUUUCCAUUACCUUACCAGAUGGUACUUCCUUCUCAUACAUGCACAGAACUGGUGGUCAAGCCCCGUUGGGAGCUGUAACAGUUGGUGAUUCUAUUUCGGAACUGCCAGACUCUAAAGGCUCAGUUGGGCAGCUUAUCCAACCUUAUUCUCGGCCACCUCUGACAGACUUCCAAAAAUGGAUCCGUUUGGGGGCUGAUCAACUUGCAAACCACUUCACUCGAACAUUUACCGAUAUUAAUAUCGAGCGCAUUUACAAUAUCGAGAUGACCCCAGGUGCCGAUCAUAGCUCUCUUCCACAUAUUCUUAAGCCUUGGUGUUUAUCUCACGAAGAUUCUGCUGCUCAGCGCCACAAUGGCUGGAAAGGUCUUUAUGGGAGACUUAAUUUUGACGGCCAAUUUUCAACUACUCUAACAGAUAUGUCACCUAUGGGAAAGCAAGGUACUAUUAUUCAUCCCAACCAAAGAAGAGUGCUUUCUGUUAGAGAAUAUGCUAGAGCACAAGGAUUCCCAGAUCGCUUUGUUUUUUACAGCACUUCGCGCGAUUGUAGUGCUGCAUCUGUCAAGGAUAUGUAUCGUCAGAUCGGCAAUGCUGUGCCUGUUCCUUUGGCCUUUGCUCUAGGAAAAGAGCUUAGAGCUGCCAUCCAAGAAGAUUGGCUUAAGAGCCAAUCUUGAGCGCUUAUAUCUUAAGUAGUAUUUUUAUUUUAUAAUUUAUCCUCUCUGCAUAUAUGGCUCUGCUUCUUUUUGGCUUAAAGGUGAAAACAAAAAUUAAAAUCAAAAUUGAAGUAGAGAUCAUUUUUACAGGAAAACAUAAACGAAUUCAAAGUUUUAUAUAAUCAUUAAAUGCAAACUAUUUGUAAUUAGUAC